UCUUCUCAGCAGAGCCACAGGAAGCUUCUUCAGAAAAACUUGCCUUCUCCAGCCUCUCUCUCCUCCAGUCAUCAUUCAAAAUGAGCAAGAUCAUUGUUUUUUCCAAAGAUGGCUUUGAGGGCAGAACAGCCGAAUUCAAGAACAAUGUCCACAACUUAGAAAAAAAGGGCUUCAACCAAGUCAUCUCAUCCAUAAAAGUCAUUGGCGCACCAUGGGUUGCAUAUUAUGACAAGAAUUUCACUGGAAAGCAGCGGUUGUUUGAGGAAGGAGAGUACGCUAUCCUUGAAGACAAAGAAAAGUUUUCUUCCCUCAGGAUGAUCACAGAUGACCUGGACGACCCUGAAAUCCAGCUGUUUGAGCAUGCGAACUAUGAAGGAAGAACCGUGACCCUGUCCAAAGAAACCAAUCUUCAUAACAUUGAUUUCAGUGAAGUCGCUUCUUCCCACAAAGUGAAAAGUGGUGUCUGGGUGCUGUACGAGCACGUCAGUCGUCAGGGUGCCCAGCUUGUGUCUUUCCCUGGGAAUGAAGUUAACAACUAUUUCCCGCACUCCUUCAACGAUGUGGCCAGCCACGUGCGUCCCUUGCUGCCGAAGCCAUAGACAGCAUCAUUCAAAGUACGCGUUGUUGCAGCUGAAUAUGAACUGAAACCCUGUGGGAAAGAACGAGGCGGGUGGUGGGGAAUGACUGAUUUUGACAAGAAACAAUGACUAUGACUCCAAGUCUGAAAAAAAAAAAAAAAAAAAAAAUCAUGUAGUCAUGCUCAACCUUAUAAUAUCUGUGCAAAGACAUACUGCACAUGUAAAUUUGACAAAUGUUGUAUGAUCAGGAUGAAUUUUAUUAGGAAAAGUUUUAAGUUGCUGGUUGCUUGCCUUUCCAUCUAUAGCCACCGGUAUCAGUAAACACAUGCAAUAAAAUACUUUGGAAUUGUUACAGAUCUGCUAAAGGUUCUGUUGUCAUUUGAAUGUAUUUCCCCUGUUUGAUGAGAGUGAAAUAUUAAAAAGGGAUUUUGGAUUUAUAUCACGUUGUGACAACAAAUGCUGUUUUAGUCAGUCAACUUAGAAAAUAAA